CAGAGGUGACACACCCUUCUUUGUUUUUCGAUUCUAGAGAGUCGAUUUGUACGAUCUCGCUGAGCAGAUGGCUUGCAAUUUAAAAAUCUUAGGAGCAGCCUGGGGAACCGCUGAUGUCACUGCUGAAGUAUGGAGCAUGGUGAAAAAAGAUUGUCUCGUUGUUGAAGCAGAGAACUCAACCUUUGGUUUUGACCCUAUGCGUGGGCAUAAUAAGUUUCUUGUUGUGUGUUACCAAUAUGCAGAUCAAAAACCUCUCAUUACUGCUGUAAAAGAGCAUGAUUCAAUCCGUCUUUCAAAGGCCAAAUCUCAGGAGAAUGAAACAUCAAUAUCUUCGGAAAGUUCCACAACAUCUUCUCACCAGCCUGCUCCUAAAGGAACCAUCACCAUUCUGGGAGCUGUGUGGGGAGUCAAGGAUGUUACGGAGCUUGCUCAACAGUUUGUUAUGGGAGGUGGAACCAAGUUCAUGAAGCCUGCAACGAAAGAAGUGUGGAAAGGAAUCGAUGGUUGGCCGGGUGCGGUGAAGACCCUUGUUGUUAUCUAUCAGUACUCUGAUAUUUCAAUGAUGAGUAUUGCUAGGGAGACGGAAACAAUGCAUUUUGAAGUAUCACCUCCUCUUUCAUCCUUGGUGCAGCAUACGGGCUUGAACCAGUGACGCAGCAAGUGCGAGAGCUCAUCAAAAAUCGUCAACUUCAUUUGACACCAAAGUUGAUUCUCCCAGAUAAUACCUGGCCGGGGCACUACUACAAGAGCUUUGUGAUGGUCUACCAAUAUGGUAUUGAAAAACCUCAGUUGCUUAUUUCCGACAGCUCUACGAAAGUUAGCAUCUUAUAUGAGCGUCACGAACAAGAAGAAGUCAACAAAGAAGUCGACCUAGACCACCUUUUGAUUCUUGGAGCAGCAUAUGGAUUAAUAAAUGUGACAGAAAACAUACAAGAUAUUGUCAAGGCGUUACAACACAUCGAAUUGUCUACUAUGGUGAACAACUUGACGAUGAAAUGCGAUGGUUUGAAAUUUCAUGACAAGACGUUGGUAGUAAUCUAUCAGUAUGGACGCAGCCCGCCAGUUGUGUCCAUCACCCAGGAGGGAAAAUGUUGAAAUCACGAAGAUGCUACCACCAACUUAUGUAGGGUUUCUCGACUCAACAAAUUUGGUGGACGAUGCAGAUGUGAUUUUGCUCAGUGCUGUAAACAACAAUUAUGUGGCAUACAUACCCAACGAUGACAAGCUUGGAGCUACCACUAAAAACUCUGGCUGCGAAUUCACAAUCGAGCCAGAUUCUCCUGGAAUGUAUUACCUCCAAGAAAAGCAGUCGAGGAAAUUUUGUUCAGUGAAUAUAGAUGGCUACCUCACUUUGAAAAGCGAAGAGGGAAAAACGUUGUUCAAGCUAAUGCUCUCAACAACUGGCAAAGUUCGGCUUGCUACAACUGACAACAAAUUUGUUCGACUUACUGAUGACAAUUUUUUGAAAGCUGAUACUACUGAGCACCUUAUUGCAAGCACAUCUUUUCAGUUGGCAGUGGAUUGUGCUGGCAAUAGCCAACAACCUUCAAGCACCGAAUGGAGAAACCUUUCCAGCCACAAAAAACUGCGGCUCUCAUUUAUUUGCGAAGUGACUAGGGGAUUUUUUCUGGUACUAGGCUUCAAGUCAUUCUUACGCACAGCCUCACCUAGCGUUGGACUACUCCAUCUAAUCCAGGGCAAUGAAAAUUCCGUGAAAGCUCUUCAUACACUCAGGAAAGAACUACGACCCACAACAAGUGUGACGAAAGCUGUUUGCUCAGCAAUUUGCUUCUUGAAUAUUGUCUGGAAGGAGGGACUGUUGUGGAAGGUAUUCAAAUUCUUACAACUUGAAGAGGGUGUGAUAAUCUACACUGAAAUCUUUACUCAAGUUAUCCAAGUGCUACUUCUUCCUGAAGCCGAAGCAGCUCUUUUACUAGGCAGUUUUACUACCUGGGCGCUCGAGCUGAUCAAUACCAGCAAGAAAGUUGCUGUAGACUGACAAACCUUCAUAGUGACUAGUUUAUUAGUUUAUUAGUUACCUUGUAUACAUACUCGAUUGAUUGUUUAUUUUGUGAUCCA